AUGCUGAUGCGGAUAGUGUUGAGAUUCCUUUGCGCAUGCUAUGUGCCUUGCAGAAAGAAGGCCACUGAAGCAUCGUGCUCGCGCGAUUGUGCAGUUUCCGCAACGGUGAGCACUUUGGAGGCUUCAGUUCAGACCGAGACGUCGUUCAACCACACGAAGUUCGGCGACAUCAUUGCCGUCCUUAACGGCUGCUUCAAUCACGUCGUCUUGGUCAGUGGACCGGCUACUUUGGUGCCGACGUUUGUCACGCGACACGAGGAUCUUCCCGAAGAUUACGAGAUUACGAAGAUGCUGAACUAG